UCUGCGGAAAGUAUGGAUUUAUUUUUAAGGAACAUUUUAUACAAGGGGAAUGUGAAUGGAAAAUUAUUGGUAUUUCACAGAUCUCAAGAUUUUGUUAACACCAGUGCUUUCGAGCGUUUAGACCUCUUUGAUGCCAUAACGAAUCCGAAUUAUAUUAGUUUCAUAUCCAGAAAAACUCGUAACCACGAUCCAGCAAAUUAUGCAAUUGAGAAGAUUAAAAAGUGUAGAAGGAUAACUCUUAGGGAAGAUAUAUUUGCAGACAAAUACGCAGAUUAUGAGUCUCGGUUAUCGGACUACUUGAAAGAUCUUAUCGAUUUGUGUCGAAACAAUGACGAGGCAGAAACAUUCUUUAGCGUUCCUGACCCCAAGAGACAAGGAAGAUUGAAGGGAAAGUAUCCCAGAUUGUGGACCCUGGUGGGGUUGGACCUCGAAAAUGUCGUGGCACACUCACACACACAAUAUGUAGUCCUUUUAUAGAUUCAGUACUCAUUUUAAAUCCAUACAUUUUCUAUUUAAAAAAUCUACUCUUAUUUUCUCCUCAGGUGGCAAA